GGCAAUGGUAUAAACGUCUCACUUGUCACUAACUCUUCAGGCAGUAACAACAAGCGGUCGCUACAGCUACACUUCGUCAUGGCUCCGAAAAAGGGUUUGUUACAGAGGCUGGAUGAAGGACCAGUGAUUGGUGACGGAGGGUUUGUGUUUGCCCUGGAGAAGAGAGGCUACGUUAAGGCUGGUCCCUGGACACCUGAGGCUACUGUUGAAAACCCUGAAGCUGUUCGUCAGCUACACCGGGAGUUCCUGCGGGCGGGGUCGGACGUUAUGCAAGCCUUCACCUUCUACGCCUCAGACGAUAAGCUGUCCAACCGAGGCAAUGAAUCCAGCAAAAAAUACACGUGCCGGGGAAUUAACGACGCCGCGUGUAGACUGGCCAGGGAAGUAGCUGAGGAGGGCGAUGGUCUAGUAGCCGGGGGCCUCUCCCAGACACCAACUUACCUCUCUGGUCUGGGCAAGGAGAACACGCAGAAGGAGUUUAAGAAGCAAGUUGACGUCUUCGUUGAAAAUAAAGUCGAUUUUCUCAUCGUGGAGUACUUCGAGCACGUGGAGGAGAUAGAGUGGGCCAUCGAGGUGAGCGUGAAGACGGGGAUGCCGGUGGUCGCCUCCAUGUGUAUAGGACCAAAGGGUGACCUGCACGGUGUCCCGGCGGGCGAGUGUGCCGUCAGGAUGGCCAAGGCUGGAGCUCACGUCGUGGGGAUUAACUGUCACUUCGAUCCCUUCAUGACUCUGGAAGGAUUGAGGUUGAUGAAAGCAGCAUUGGACGCAGCUGGGGUCAAGGUACACCUCAUAGCUCAGCCUCUAGCCCUCCACACUCCAGACGCCCACAAACAAGGCUUCAUUGACCUACCGGAGUUCCCCUUUGGUCUGGAGCCCCGUAUCUGCACCCGCUGGGACAUGCACAAGUAUGCCCGGGAAGCUUACGAUCUCGGAGUGCGGUACAUCGGAGGGUGUUGUGGGUUUGAGGCUUACCACAUCAGGGCUGUGGCUGAGGAACUGGCCACAGAGCGAGGAAGGAAACCCAAGGCCUCAGAGAAACAUGAUAUGUGGGCAGGUGGCCUUAAGAUGCACACUAAACCAUGGGUCAGAGCCAGAGCCAGCAAAGAAUACUGGCAGUCACUGAAGCCUUCCUCUGGUCGACCAUUCUGUUCCUCUAUGUCUCAACCCGACAAAUGGGGCGUGACAGCAGGAGAUUCCACCCUUAAACAGAAGACCGCUAUCACAACUGACGAAGAGAUCGCUGAACUCGCGAAACCAAGGAGAGUAAUGAACGGUAAAUGAGACCACAAAGAACGACGAGGAGGAACGUUGAGAGAUUUAAUAACUGGAUGAACGACCCGCUGCAUUACGUGAUGACGAGACUAUAUAUAUAUACCCUGUGUGUACGUGGCUUCGAUACAAGUUUAUAAUUGUUUCUGCGAGUGAUAUGAAUGUUUUGAAUGCUUAUUUUGGCGUAUACAGUACAGUACUAUGUUGAAUGAUAGUGAGUUUAUGUACAUCGUCAUUUAAAGUUCAUUAGAUAUUACUGGAGAUUGACUGUCCAUCAACUGUAGUACUGACUGUUGUCCUCUACGACUGAAAUAAGAACUCGAGAAUAAAUUUCCCUCAUCUAUAUCAGAUAAUCAAGAUGUAUUCUACCGUGAGUGUAUGUCUCUCAUAAUGGAAGAGAUUUCAGAUGUCAAGAAUGAGAAAAAUGUAGUGAAUGUUAUAAAAUGUGGAAAGAAGGUAGAACUUUAUGUUUAGAAGGAACAGUUCACAUGAAAGGUGGUAACAAAAGAGUAUAAUAGGGGAAAGGUUUAAUACACUAUAGACAAGGUAAGAUAAUUUAUUAAUGUUCUCAGAAUUACGCCUCAUUGACCAAGAAAAAUGUUAAAUAUAACUUAAAAUUUGUUAAUAAAAAUGUAAGCUUACUACAAUAGCGAUUAAUUACUCUGAUUACUUUACCUAUGUCUGGUAUUUUGAGUCUUUGUGAUUUGUCAUGUUACAUAUUUACUCUUAAAAAAAUAACUUGUCUGUAUAUCUAUCGACUUCAUAUACAAUAAAAACUAAUCGAAAAGAAA